AAAGAUCAACAUUCAAAGUUUCGCAACGCAGCAACCCUUCGUCAAUCGAAUAAUUAUCUGAUAAACAAUGUGUAACGAAAAAUCCAAACCACGUACCGAGUAAACUACAAAUCCUCUUAAUCCCUCCCUGGUCGAAUAAUUUUGCUCUCUCUUCCAUUUAAAAAUAUCCUCAAGUUCCGCGCUCCAUCUACCUCGCUUGCCACUAACUCCGUCCAAAUCCAGCCUCAACCUCUAAAUUUAGCUUAGUCUCGAAAUAAUGGAUACAUCGCAAGCACCUCCGGAACCUCCAAGCGAACCGACUCAAGAAAAUGAAGAAAAAGAAAUCGACAUGGCGAAAAUCGAGGCGAUGGUGACUCCGGAACAAGUGCACAGUGCGUCGAUAGCGAAGAAACGACGGACUUUCACGAAACGACGAAGUGCCAAUCGACGGGAUCAAACACCUCUCAAAGAAAUCGACGACAAGGCGACGACCACCGACGAGGAUGUGCCCGAACAGCGACCGAAAACGCCCGAACGGAGAAGGAGGAAGAGAACUGUGAGUAAACAAGAAGAAACAAAAUCGGAAACGGAAACCGACAAAACGGAGACUGUGGAAAAGCCGGAAACAAAUCAAAACGAAGACAAACCAAAACAGGUGACGACUAAAAAGUCGCACAGUUUCAGCAAAUCCACAACGGAGGAAUACAAGAAGAGGGAGAGCUUGACGGAUAUGGCGCAAGCGGAAGUUGUUAACCUGUUGAACAAAACGAAGAAAGGAAUUAGUGCGGCGGCUACCAGAGGGCGCGAGAAGUUGAAAAAGUUUGAUAAAGAGAACGUGAAGAGGAGCCAGUCUGCACCUCAAGGCUUCACCCAAGAAGAACUGAUUGAGAGUUUUCGGAAAGCACAACUUUUGGAUAAUUCUAAGAGUAAAGAUGUGCCAAAAGAGGAAGAAGUUAUACCAAAAGAAGAAGAAGCUAUGCCGAAGGUUGAAGAGCCUGCUCCCAAACCUCCACCAAGAAAAGCUUCUGAUGUCAGUGUAGAUGAACCAGCUACUCCGAAACCGUUUCGACCAGAAGUUCAAGAAUUCGUGAGACAAAGAAAGAAACAAAGAGCAGUAACGUCGACCAAAAUUGUAGAAAUUUUAGAUCCGAGAACCUCGAAUGUGAUAGCAACCAGAGCUGUGGUUACACCAGACUUUCGUCUUAGACAACUGUUUGGUGUGAUACGGGUCUUCACCGUAAAAGAAUUAAUAACUAAUUUCCGAUUGUUCAAACAAGACAUGAAAGACGAAUGUCGAAGAAUUAGGAUUUUGAGGAACAAAUGCAUGUGCGAACUUUUCUUAAUACUGAUAUUCUGUGGACUAGGCGGUUAUUUAUUCAAAUUUAUCGAAGGUACAUUCGAAUAUUUCUACAAAUGCGGCGUCAAAAGAGUAAAAAGAGAUUUCAUAGAUUUAUUGUGGCUUAGAAGCCACAACUUGAGAGAAGAAGACUGGAAAUCUUUAGCAAGAACAAAACUACGAGUAUUUGAAGAGGAAUUACAUGCUGCACAUGAAGCUGGAAUGAAGACUUACAGUGGUCAAAGAUCUUGGAGUUUUCUUAAUGCUGUAGUAUACUGUCUUUCAAUUGUUACUACUAUCGGUUAUGGUCACAUCUAUCCUGAAACCAAGACUGGAAAAGCGCUCACUAUCGUCUAUGCGAUCAUCGGCAUCCCUCUGUUCCUUCUAGCGCUAACCGAUUUCGGUAAACUCUUCACCAGAUGCAUCAAAUUCCUUUGGUCCUUCGUACGACGACUCUAUUACACCGGAAGCUGCAAGAAAGUCCGAAAAACAGCACACGUAAAGGAACUCGUCAAAGGCGCCCAAAUGAUGUACGAAAUCGCCACUUUCCGCCGUCCCUCCAUCUUCUCAGAUGCCGAAAACCCAGACACACCAUCUACCGACCAACUUGAAACUCCAAUAACACCUGCCAUGUCCAACUUCGAGAUUGAUGACGAAUUCAACUUACCUAUUUCUUUGGCCAUCUUUAUCCUACUGUUAUAUAUUUUCUUGGGGGGUUUAAUUUAUUGUUUGUGGGAAGGCUGGGGUUUCUUCGAUGCUUUCUACUUUGUUUUUAUAUCUAUGUCGACUGUCGGUUUUGGUGAUAUGGUGCCUAAUAAUGCGGCUUGUAUGAUUGUCUCGAUUGUAUAUUUAGUUUUCGGAUUAGCACUUAUGUCAAUGUGUAUUAAUGUGGUACAAGAUAAAUUGAGUAAUACUUUUAAGCAAGCUUCUACGAAAAUAGGGGCUACUAUUGGUCUUGCGGUUGCUGAUGACGAUGGUAGUAUUAGUACGGUUGCUCCAGGAAAGGUAGAAGUACCGGAAGUGCACGAUUCGAGAAGUUUGGCAAGUGAGGCUAGCGUUAAAAAGGAGAGUUAAUUAUCUCUUCAUUUCCAGAUUUGUACAUUAUCUUAUAAAAGUUAAUUUAUUUCUUUACUUACUUGUGACUAUAUAUAUUUAUUGUGUCAUAAAUUACUGAGUAUGUACCUCAAAGAGUUUAUUAGUCUGCCUUGCAUAUUUUUGAUCCACAAAGUGCGAGACAUACAAAUAAGCUUCAGCGAGAUUAUUUGACUUCAUCGUAAAAGUAACUAAGAAGAAGGUUGUGCUUUUUUACAGCACCAACGCGAAUAAUCUCGCUAUAUAUGUUCUAAAACUUUACUAUUCUGUGAAUUUAAGAGUGAUAAUAUUAUAGAAUAUAGGUCUUCCAAGGAAUUUUCCAAG